UGUCAUGGCGCCGGUUUCAACCGCUUUGUAGUGGGGGAAUGGAAGGCUGCACCGAGAGGUUUACGUGACGUUGGCAAUGUACGAUGGGAAGGGGUGCGGGAGUGUAGUGCAGCCGGGGGAAGGGGCCUCUCUAUAGAGUAUUAUCAGCCAUGGCUCUGGAGCGGCUGCCGAGUGCAUCAGCCAAGGGGACACAGCUUAGAUUUAAUUUGGAUGUGGUAACGCACCCAACGAAUUUAGCCGCCCAGUACACAGGCCCCAAUCCCAUCGUAAUAGAGAAGAUCUUAAGAGCCCAGAAUAAACACGCAGACCAUUCAGCCGCUGAAGAUUUGCUCCGAAAUUCCUGUUCAUCUGUAUCGUUCAGCAUCGUCUCGGAGGAGCGGCUGAAUCUUGCGGUCCAGCUUGCAAAGCGAGAUGUGAAAAGAAGUAACUUAAGGGAGAAGAUCGGCUCCAAAGCGCAACCUCAGCCUAAACCAGGGGUGGUGUCCAGCAGUCCUGACAGGAGGAGACUGCCGAGCAAAGAGCCGAGGGCCAACGGUCCGGGAAAACCUGAGGUCACCAGAUCGGGGGCCAGAGUAUAUGUGUAUACCCCAGAUCGAAACAGGAUGGACAUGGGGGUCUCAGACUCGCCACCUACACGAGAUCCUGGUCCUGGAGGAAGCCCGAAAAAAGGAAUGGACCCCAGUGAGCAUGAAGUGAGGCGUCUGCAGAAAGAGCUGCACACUUACAUGAAGAAAAUUGAAGACCUUGCCAAGAAAGACCACCAAAUAGAUUUCUUGGAUCCAUCAGAAGAAGUCAGAGGCCGCGUACGCCAGCAGGAACGAACAGCUCGAUCAGCCAGGAUGCUCUAUGUUUUGCAGCAACAGGUAAAGGAAAUCCAAGAGGAUUUAGAAAAGCUAAGCCCUCAGAAAAUCAGGCACACAAGGAAGUUUGGUUCCCCCCCUCCCAUUCAGUCUCGUGCCAUGUCCAGACUGGCAGCUGUUCACCGUGGAGCCAUUCGUGCCCUGCAGAUAUUCAUCACUCAGCUGAGUGAACGGGGCGAGCAACAGAUUCCUUCUCUCUACAAGGAGCUUGGCCACAUCAUCCGUCAGUUAUCACUCUGCACCGCAAAGCUUGACGCUGGUCCUGCUGCUUCCAAUCUGAUUAUCUCAAUUCUCCAGCAAGUCGAGGACUUGGAUGUACUUCUUGAAGCUAAAAUGUCUUCAGAUGCAAGGAGGCCAUUGCCCGAUACAGCUGCGGCUAGACCUCCACCUGUUAUUAAGGUUUCCCGAAAUACUGCGUCACCUGUUAGAGACGUUCAUUAUCCCCCGCCUGUUCAUAAAGCGAUAGAGCCGCACGAAGAGAGUCAUGUGAUUAGACGCCUUGCGCUUGAUGACCCUCCUGAAUCAAUGAGUGUUGCAGCCCAGACAGACCAACAACCAUCCCCUCCAGAAAGGCGAUUGGCACUGAAGUCAGGUCUGAAAGCGCUGAUUCAAGCUGGACACCUGAAGGGGCUACACAGAAGUGGGGUGGGACAGAACAAGAGCAAAGGAGUGCUGAUUCCUCAGAGACCUAAGGGCUUCCGACAGUCACGAAAGACAGACCCAUCCCAACGGUCACAUUUUCAGGAGAAAACUGUGUCAUUCAAGCUGAAGGAGACUCGUCCAGUUGUCAAAGAGAAGAAAACUCCUUGGGUACCUCCGAGCCCAAAAUCUCCUUCAUCUUCCCCAAAAAGGUCAAGCUGGAACCCAGAAGUAAAAAGUUUCAGUGCUUCUCCAUGUAAAAAUAGGGAUCUGGUUGAUUCUUCAAUUAGAAGGGAAGCUGAGAAAGAUGACAAAGAGAACAUAAACUCCCGGUUGUCUUGGCUGGACACGGAGACUGCAAGACGACUGCAACAACUCGACAAUCUCUACAGGGAAGAAAUAGCCCAUUUACGGCAUCUUAGGGAGGAGGCUCAUGCUGCAAAAAUAAUUCCUGAUGGAAGUAGUAAUGAAGCAAGGAGACAGUUGGCAGAGGACGUGUUAUCAGGAACGGAAAGAGAGAGUCUGCAGGAACUGAACCUUAAGGAGUUUUCACACAGUUAUCAACAACCUGAUAGUGAAUUAGAGGCUAUGAUCCAGAAAAUGGAAGAAAUGGAGAAAUACCAAGAAGCAGUUCGGCAGCGGUUUACUCGGAUAGUCUAUUCAGACCCAGAAUUCUGGGCACAAGAAGAUAAAGAGAGAUCUCAGGCAGCCAUAAUAGAGGGUCCUCAUUCUCCCCACCCUAUUAGGAUCACAAAACCCAAAGGACAGCGGGAGCCGGUGGUAGACAUUCUUCUACAGGAGCCUUUUGAAGGAGAUUCCCUACAGAUACACAAAGAAGAGUUGGCUCGCCGGUCUCCUCGCCACUUUAUCCAGCACCCUCUCGAGCACACUACAGGGCUCUUGCGUCUGUCUGUUCCCUCACAAAUGCUACAGAGUAUUCGCAAUUACACUGACAAUUUUGACCGACACCUUCGACUGACCUCCCACGAGGAAGUGGGAGAUUUCAACCCAUGGCACAUUACAGAGAGCCUGGCAGAGGAGCUUAUAAGUGAUGCCGUAGGUGAGGUAGCGGCAGAACUACAAGACCUUUGUGAGGGCUACGCAGAAGCUGUCUUUACUUCAGAGUUCAUGGAGCCUUCAGAAAACAACUAGUCCAUAAAUUUUAUUUAAUGAAUUGGUGCAAUUGCAAAUUUUUUAUUUUUAUAUUUAUUUUAAGCAAAAUGACUAUCUACAACUUUGCAGAAUGUGGGGUAUUUUUUAAUCAUUUCCUGCUUGUAUGAGCAGUCUUUCCAUUAUCUCUAUUUUUAGCAAGAACAAAAGGAACCAAGUGGAGGCUACUUUGUUAUGCACCUAAAUAUUGUGCCAAACACAUGUUGUUGUGUUUUUGUUUUUGUCUUAUAUAAAUGUGAACCCUAAAAGUUGAGCAGCUUUUGCUCCUAUGUCUGUGAAGGUUCUCAUUUAUCCAGGUCAUGGUAUAUCUGUAAAGAAUAAAUCAAGGCAACUGGACUUGCUGUAGAUUUCCUGAAAACGUUUCACUCGUUCUUCCAACGAGCUUUCUCAAUUCCGAGUGACUGUACAGAAAUGUAGAAGCCAAGCUUGAAUAGACGUGGGGGGGUUAGACAUCUAUUGUCUGCCACAUACAAUGCUGUCUUGACACCCUUUUCUGGGAAGUCUUUAUCACUUACUGACUCCAAUUAGGAUA